GUGAUUUAAUUAUGAAAGAAAAUAAUAAUAAUAGUGAUGAUAGCAUUAGUGGUAAUGAUGAUGGUGCUUACGAUAGUGAAGAAGAAGUGGAGGAGCGAAGAGCCAGUUUGCCAAGAUUAAAUUGUGCUGGACUUCACGGACUGGGAAAGAACCGAACCAUGGUUGGUGAAGAACAAGGUAAAGUGAUUGAUUAUUUAAUGUUGAUUUUUGAUUUUUCUAGAUAUAAAUUAAAACAAAAAUGUAAGUAA